UAUAAAUUACUUCCGACUUUCACCUCUUCUUCCUCCACCACUCCAUCCUGGAUACCAUCUCCUCAAUCCCCCCUCUCGUUCGACCCCGUGUGUGAGGAGCGUUUCAGCAUUCGCUCGUCCCAAACCACACCUGCGAUCAUUUGCGCCGGCUCUUGAGCGUUACGGUGAACUUUGUGAAGAGUACUUCGAAGUCUCCUGCCUCUCGUUUAGAUCACAUUGACAACAUGCCCUUGGAAGCGAAGGAAAUUGAACUCAAGGCGAAGGCCUUGACGAAGGCCGCCACUCAGAAUGAACCAGCAGCCAACAUUGUAUCCUUGCUUAAAGAGCUCCAACAAGGUGUGAAGGCGACAGAGGAUCUGCUGCGAUCCACCCGUGUGGGGAUCAUCGUCAACAAAUUCAAACAGCACAAGUCGCCCGAGGUCUCCCGCCUAUCCAGUGAAAUCGUGUCCAGGUGGCGGAAUGAAGUCAACAAGCAGAAGGCGAGUGGAUCGCCCGCGCCCAGCCAGCGUUCAAGCAAUUCGCCGCGCCCGGCUCAGAACGGAACCGCUUCACCUGCCGGUACGACGCCUACAGACAAAGCAUCCAAGUUGUCGGUUGCCCCGGAUAAACGUACAUGGAAGGCAGAUGGUGUGGAUGUCAAUCAGACGGGAAGUAAGAUUCGUGACAGUUGCAUUGGGCUGAUGUAUGAUGGACUGUGUCUGAACUCGACGGAAUCUCCGCGUAACGUUCUGUCCAAGGCGUCAGCCGUGGAGGCCGCAGCAUACAAGUCCUUGGGCCCUGAGACCAAAGAGCAGUACCGUACCAAGAUCCGCAGUUUAUUUCAAAACCUCAAGAACAAGUCGAAUCCAACUCUCCGCAUCCGUGUCCUCAGCAGCGAUGUGACCCCCGAGCAGUUCGUGCGCAUGUCACACGACGAGCUGCGCUCCGACGAACAGCGCGAGAAGGACGCAAAGAUCCAGAAGGAGAAUAUGGACAAGGCAAUGGUUGCCCAAGCAGAGCGCAGUAUCAGUACCAGUCUGCAGUGCGGUAAAUGCGGACAACGCAAAGUCACAUACACCGAGGCCCAGACGCGCAGUGCAGACGAACCGAUGACUUUGUUCUGUACUUGUCUGAACUGCGGAAAGUCCUGGAAGCAGUAACUUCUUUCUUCCUCACUCCUCAAUGUUCUACUUCUCUAUCUUCCUCCGAUUUAUUGUUCCAUUUCACCUUCUUACUCCACCUCAUCUUUACUUUCUAUAGUUGUUUUAUCGAGUCUGUCCAAUUACGCUACGGCGUGGAGUUUGGUUGCUUAAAAGAGGUCGUCAUUCUCGGGGGGCAAGCAGGUUGAGCCCCGCGAGUUUUUUUUUUUUUUUUUUUAUCAUUACCAUUACAUUU